AUGCUUUUUGGUGUUAAACUGGCCAAUGAAAUUCACCCUCCUUGGAAGGAUUCUUAUAUCGAUUAUGAAAGGCUUAAGAAGCUGUUGAAGGAGUCGGUCAUCGACAACAGAAAUUUGAGCAAGAAAAGCUCGAAAGCGAAAGACUAUGGUUGGUCUGAGACCGAUGAGUCUGAAUUCGUAUCGGUUUUGGACUCGGAGCUGGAAAAAGUAUAUGGUUUUCAGAGUCGUAAGUACCAUGCUAUCAUGCAAAAACUGGAACAUUUGGAGGCCAAGGCAGACGAUGAAGAAGCGUUCAAGAAAUUGGACGUUAGCGCGUUCCAGCGCGUUCUGGAAGACGCUUUGAGCGAGGCUCAAGAAUUAGACAAUUUUUCGCGUGUCAAUUUUACUGGGUUCAUCAAAAUCGUUAAGAAACAUGACAAGUUGCACCCCAAAUACCCUUCGGUCAAGUCCUUGUUGCAAGUGCGUCUGAAGGAGCUUCCGUUUCAUUCAGAAGAGUACUCGCCGUUGUUGUACAAGAUUUCGUUUCUGUACAACAUUUUGAGAAACAACUUUUCGACGGUGUCAACAUCGUUGGCCACUUCAUCACGUCUGUCUAGUGUUGCGAAUGCUGAAGACACUUCGGUACAGAGUUACACUUUCUGGAUCCACCCUGAUAACUUGAUGGAAGUUAAAACAAGAAUUUUGAGACAUUUACCGGUUCUUGUCUAUGCUUCCGCUCCAACGGAGAACGAUGAUUUGAUCGACAGACUUGAGUCCUCCUAUCUCAACUCAAACAUUUCCAUGCAAUCGCCAUCCAGUCAAAGUAGUACCUCUGAGGGGGAAAUUAUCGGGAAACAAGUUUAUGACCCUCUAAUCAGAACCAUUUACUUCGAUAACGAAUCGUUCGAACUUUACAAUGAUAGGCUCAUGAAAUCCAAUGCUUCACCCACGUUGCGUAUAAGAUGGACUGGCAAACUGGCCGACAAGCCAGAUAUUUUCCUAGAGAAAAGGAUGUUUGUUGAGGACACCAAAACGGGCCUCACCGAUUUUGAAGAAACUAGAAUGACGCUUAAGCCAAAAUUCAUCAACAGUUUCAUUUUCAACGGCGAUGAUGAUUACAAGGAAAAAACUCUUAAGAAACUCAAGGACCGUGGUACUGUGGAUACCGAGAUCGACAAAGUUUCCAAUGAUUUUGACAACAUCAAACAAUUUGUAUUGGAAAAUGAAUUGCAGCCAAUGCUGAGGGCCAUGUACACCAGAACUGCCUUCCAAAUCCCUGGAGAUGACCGCGUCAGAAUAUCUAUUGAUUCCGAUCUUAUGUACAUAAGAGAAGAUGCGCUCGACAAAGAGCGUCCAAUCAGAGACCCUAAAAACUGGCACAGAAAUGAUAUUGACUCCAACAUCGGAUCUCCGCUCAAAUUUGUGAGACAAGGCGAAUCCUCGAAGUUCCCUUACUCGGUGAUGGAUAUCAGAAUUAGAAACAAGGCCCCAGAGCCCUCUGCAGUACAAAAAGGAAUGUCUGUAAAGUCCAAUUUACCACAGAAAUUGAAAUGGAUUGAAGACCUCACGAAUUCUCAUUUAGUCAAGGAAGUCCCCAAAUUUUCGAAAUACACGCAGGGUGUGGCAGCUCUCUUUGGAGAAGACGAAAAUCUAGAGAUGCUACCUUUUUGGCUACCUGACCUCGACUCUGACAUUAAGAAAGACCCUGAAGUGGCUUAUGAAGAGGAGAAAAAGAAGUUGCAACGUCAAAAAGCUGAGGAAGCUAGAAUGGCCAGGCUUAGAAGAAGAUCAGAAAUCUUAACAGCCGAAUCUUCUGGCAGUGUUUCCGCUACGCCUGAACAACCUCCUGCUAAAGGUCAAGCCCUAUCGAAAAUUAACGAGAGAGAAGCUGACUUGGACGACCAGGAGUCCUCCGACGAAGAAUCGGUUGCAGCCAGAUCCAAUAAGUCCAAGCGCAAGCGCAAAGCGAAACAUACCAUUUUCCAGGUGCUAGCUGGCAGGCAACCUAAACUCUCUGGUUUCGACUCAGAAGAGGAGGAAGUAGAACUUCCACAGGGCGUUAGGAAACCAACUUCCUACUUGAAAAAUGCUGGGCCUAUCAAAGUCGAGGCCAAAGUGUGGCUGGCCAACGAACGUACUUUCAACAAAUGGCUUUCUUUGACGUUUUUGAUCAGUGUUCUAACUUUCUCGAUUUACAAUUCUGUCCAAAAGGCAGAGUUCCCGCAACUUGCGACUUUCUUGGCAUACGUCUAUUUCGGCAUAACCAUCUUCGCGGGUAUCUGGUCUUAUCGUACCUAUUUGGCGAGACUCAACGUCAUUAGAGAAAGAAGUGGUAAACAUCUCGACGCUCCCGUGGGUCCUCUUCUGAUCGCCGCUGUUCUCGUUUUCACCAUGAUUGUUAAUUUUGUCGUCGCGUUCAGAGAGGCCUCAAACAAAAAGAAUCAAAUUUCAAUUACUCAAGCUCAAACAAAUUUCAACGACUUGAGUCCAAAAUUACAAACCAUUCAAGACUUCCUUUUCUCCUUGGUUGGCGGAAAAGAUAAUUAA